AGCUUCGGCAGUUGAACGGCUCGCGAGGAGGGGUGUCCGUGGAGAAGCGACACUGGCCAUGGACCAGCCAGCUGGCCUGCAGGUGGACUACGUCUUCCGGGGUGUGGAGCAUGCCGUGCGGGUGCUGGUGUCUGGGCAGGUGCUAGAGCUGGAGGUGGAGGACCGGAUGACGGCUGACCAGUGGCGGGCCGAGUUCGAUGCCAGCUUCAUCGAAGAUUUGACUCACAAGACAGGGAACUUCAAACAGUUCAACAUCUUCUGUAACAUGCUGGAGUCGGCCCUCACCCAGAGCAGUGAGUCGGUUACCCUUGACCUGCUGACCUACACAGAUCUGGAGUCCCUGCGGAACCGAAAGAUGGGGGGCUGCCCAGGCCCCUUGGCCUGGAGAUCGGCCCAGCUCAACUCCAAGCGCUACCUGAUCCUCAUUUACUCUGUGGAGUUUGACAGGAUUCACUACCCGCUGCCCCUCCCGUACCAGGGCAAACCAGACCCUGUGGUCCUGCGGGGCAUCAUUCGCUCACUAAAGGAGGAGCUGAGCCGCCUUCGAGGGCUGGAUGGCCAGGACACUCGGGACAGCCGGGAAACUGAGAUCUGGCAUCUGCGGGAGCAGGUGUCGCGCUUGGCGGCUGAGAAGCGCGAGCUGGAGGCCCAGCUGGGCAGAUCGCGCGAGGAGGCGCUGGCCGGGCGGGCGGCGCGCCAGGAGGUCGAGGCGCUGCGCGGGCUCGUGCGCGGCCUGGAGCUGGAGCUGCGGCAGGAGCGCGGCCUCGGGCACCGCGGGUCCGGCCGCCGAAGCCAGGAUUGCCGCCGCCUGGCCAAGGAGCUAGAGGAGGUGAAGGCGUCGGAGCGGAGCCUGCGUGCCCGGCUGAAGACGCUGAACACCGAGCUGGCCAUGUACAAGAGGGGGAGACGGACUACACCGGUGGUGCCGCCCUCGGCCCGGGAAGAUCGGGCUUCGACGUCUCGGGAGCGCUCCACGUCGCGUGGCCGUGGCGCUGCCCACUCCUCAUCCCGGGAGAGCGACCGCGGGGGCCGGGGUCAAGGCCGCCCCGCCCGCCCCUCGCCCUCGCCCACAGGUGGUCGCGUGCCCCGUUUCGACCCAACAGCCUUUGUGAAAGCCAAGGAGAAGAAGCAGAGAGCGAUCAAGAUGAAGCAGCAGCAGCAGCAGCAGCGAAACCGAUUGGGCAGCGGAGGAAGCGGGGACGGUCCAUCCACCUCCUGGUCUCGCCAGACUCGGCCCCCCGCAGCCGUGACCGGUCGAGGAGACGCGGCUAACCGCUCCCGAAACCGCAGCUCCUCGGUGGACAGUUUCCGCAGCCGCUACUCGUCCGCCAGCUCCUGCAGCGAGUUCGAGGGUUUCUCUGAAUCCCUCCCUAGAGGCGUUCGUCGCCGGGGGAAGCCGCCCAGCCCCACCACCUGGAGUGAGUCCAAUACGCAACAGAAGCCUAGCCCCCUGGAACGCGGCCACCAUCAGAGACGCCUGGCGGAUUCGGGGCGCUGGGUCCCCAACAAAGAGUACAGCUCGGACCACCAGGCAGCUGACAUGGCCGAAAUCGACGCCCGCCUGAAGGCCUUGCAGGAAUACAUGAACAAACUGGACAUGCACUCGUGACCUCGGAGAGAGACUACUGCCCCUCCAAUGGAUUCGGAUGGAUUCGGCGUGAGGGGCGGGGCUGGUGUGUCCUGGCCCCGCCCAGGCCCCUGCUCCUCCUGGUGCUCUUGGGGUCUCAGGUGUGUGAGGCCCCAAUACUAUGUCUCCCGCAGACAUUGCAUUCUGGGAGGGAGGGAUGGUAAGUGUGUUUUGUAAAUAAACAUAUGUGCCCUUGGGA